AUGUGUCCCUUUCCCUCCGUCAUCCAGCUCACUGCUAUGCAGCGCGCGGGUGGCAAUCCUGCUGACAAUGGCAAGCCUAUCUCAGAGAAGCACCUCGCAUUGCCUACCCUUAUCGAGGAGAGGCUAUCCAUCUGUCAUCCGCUGAAUAUGAUGAACCUGCUCCAUUUCUUGAGUCUAUACCAAGACUUCACGAUCAGUGGCGAUGCUGGAUCUGGCAAGACACUGCAGCUCGUCCAGCUUCUUGCUCACGAAAUGCCCAGCAAGAUCAUCAUCCUCGUCAUGCACAGUCGGGUGGAUGCGGAGCUGGUCCACAAGUUCUUCAGAGAGCUCAUGGGUGUCGAGCAACCACCCAAGGACAAGUCGCAGGAUCUCAGCCGAACCAACCGAUCCAACAACAAGAAACGAGAUUUCUACGACGAGGUCGUUUCCCUCCAAAUUCGGGAUGAGGUGGACCCCGUCUCCCAAUUUACCAGGGUGAUUAUAUAUACCGAGGGCGCGAAGGGUCGCGAGGUCUUCAAGAACCCCAACAUGUCGCGUAUCGGAGCGAUCAUCCACGACGACUGUCACAAGCGAUCGGCCUGGUCGGAGAAUCUUAUCGCGGACGCGAAGGCUCUUCGCCAAGAGGGCAACCAGGUCCGUCUGGGCUUCGUCAGCGGCACCCACCACAACUUCUCCCCAUUCCGCCAUUACUUCCCCCUCCCCGCCCAAGCCCAUUUUCACUUUCCCUCCAUCCCCUACCCCCGGCGGAUCCGGUACGUCCCCACCCGCGGCCAAAUUCUCGAUGCUUGGGUCGCCGCCGAGGUCAAGGAAUACCUCCGCUGCUUCAACUCGGGCAAUAUCCUCGUCUUUGUCAGCGGUAUGCGGGAGGGCGAGGCGAUCCGGGACAAGAUUCGCCAGGUCUUGACGCGUGACCAGCUCCAGGCGAUCGAGAUAAGCAGUAUCAGCUCGGCUUCUCCCUGGGGCGACAAGGAAACGGCGCUGUCGACCAAGAGCAAGAUCAAGGGUCCCUCCAGGCUCCGUAUCGUCAUCUCAGCCAACGUCGCGGAAAACGCCAUCACGCCAUUCCACGUCGGGAUCGUCAUCGACACCAUGCUACACAAGGUCGGGACGUACGAUCCAGAACUCGAUCGGCGUGAGCUCUCGGUCGAGCCGAUACCCAAGCAGAGCGCGGAGCACAGGUCGGGCAGGUCUUCUCGAGAGAAAGAUGGCUGGGUGGUCAGACCGAUGUCUGAGGCGGCGUACGAGGCGGAUCUCGUUCAGGCGCAUCGGCCUGAGAUCGAGACGGAGGAGUUUACCCGCACCCUGUUGAGACAUCUGGCGUUCGCGACUCUGAGGGGCCGUCAGUUCCUCGAGCCUCAGCAUACUUCCUCUCCAGCUCUUCAACGCCGCGCUAUCAUCACUCUCAAGCGCCUCGAUGCCAUCACCGCCGACGAUGCCAACUCCAUCGGCAGCGUGAGGAUCACGUCCAUGGGGCAGAAGAUGGCAAGGAUCGGCGCUUCUCCUGAGUACGCCCGCUCAGUCAUCGCUGCCGCUGGGCGCGGGUUUUUGCCAGAGAUGAUUGUCAUCGUCGCUGCCAAUACCACUUCUCAAUCGAUCUUCUUUUCGCGCGAGGAGAUUGAGCAACGCCCGCGCCCCAAGCACCUCACUGGAGCGGCUCAAGUUCAAGCGGUCCUCGAGGAGCGGGCGGAGCUGCAUCUCGAAGAAGGGGAUCACCUGACCCUCUUCAACGUGUUCCGGAUUUGGCUCGAACUCAAGGCUGCCCGCAAUUCGAAAGAUGACGCCGAAGAGGAAGCAGCCGACGCAGAAGCUCGACCAGCGGAGGAUGGCGCGGCGCCGCCCAAUCUCACCAAGCUCAAGCCGUGGGCGAUCUUCGCCAGUGAGCACGGUAUCCGCGAACCGGCGCUAUACGAAGCCGUCGAUCUGGCGAGUACACUCCGAACGCAUAUGCGAGCGCCUGAGAUGUUCCAAGGUAUUGAGUCGAGCUAUUCGGGCCAGAAGGAUCUCGACGACUACACCGAUGCUCUGCGCCUGUCUCUUCUUGACGGCCACCCGCACAAGUGUGUGGACUACUACCGGAUCAUUGAUGGCGAGAAGGUGCCCAGGGUCGUGAUGGACGACAAGGAGCAGUCGGUACUGCAUGGCGUUGACCCUCGCUAUGUACUCUUCUCGGAUGCCAAGAGAGCAGAGUACUCCGCGGAUUGGACCAUCAUCUCCCGCUUGACGUAUCUCGAUCCGGAAUGGCUGGAGGAAGCUUGA